AUGGGGCUGGCGGCUCCCAAUCCCUCAUCCUCUCCCCGUGGGGACACACGGGAGGUGCGGGGUGCCCCGCUGCCGUGCCCCGCUCCGUGCCCCGCUGCCGUGCCCCGCUGCCGUGCCCCGCUGCCGUGCCCCGCUGCCGUGCCCCGCUCCGUGCCCCGCUCCGUGCCCCGCUGCCGUGCCCGCUCCGUGCCCCGCUCCGUGCCCCGCUCCGUGCCCCGCUCCGUGCCCCGCUCCGUGCCCCGCUCCGUGCCCCGCUCCCCCGCUCCGUGCCCCGCUGCCGUGCCCCGCUCCGUGCCCCGCUCCCCCGCUCCCUGCCCCGCUGCCGUGCCCCGCUCCGUGCCCCGCUCCGUGCCCCGCUCCGUGCCCCGCUCCGUGCCCCGCUCCGUGCCCUGCGUGCGCAGCAGCGAUUACAGCCGUGCUGAUCCAAACGUGAUUAGCAAAGCUGCAAUUAGAGUGGAGGCCAGCAGGGCAGUGGCUUAG